ACGUCAGCGCCUCGUUGGAUUGAGCUCCUGUGUCCUCCUGAUUUUAAUCCCGGCUGAUUAGGUAACAGAGAGCAAGCGCCUGUGCAACCCCUCUGGGGGAAGAGAGAGAGAGAGGGAAGUCAAGCAUUUAGACUGAGGGAGGUUGUUAAAGCAGGGAAAUUUUGCGCCUGGAGAGAAGAGAAAGGGGCACACUUCCCCCUCUACCCUCCCCCUCGUUCAUCCUUAAGCUUUCCACUCCAGACCUCUGCGUGUGUGUGUGUGUGUCUAUGGACAACGGAUCGACGAUGCCCACGAAUGGAAUUAACAAAGCCUUGAAGCUGCAGUUUGGUCUCAUCAACCACGAGAGCCGUUACCUAACGGCCGAGGCCUUCGGCUUCAAGGUGAACGCCUCGGCCUCCAGCAUGAAGAAGAAGCAGAUCUGGACUCUGGAGCAAGAGGACCAGGACACCCAGGUAGUGUUCCUUCGCAGCCACCUGGGCCGCUACCUGGCCUCCGACAAGGAUGGUAAGGUGAGCUGCGGGGCAGAGCAGCCUGACUCGCCUGGCUGCCGCUUCCUGAUCGUGGCCCAGUCGGACGGCCGCUGGGCGCUGCAGUCGGAGACAUACCUGCGCUUCUUCGGAGGCUCGGCUGACUACCUGUCCUGCUUCGCCCAGGCCAUCGGGGAGCCCGAGCUGUGGGCCGUCCACCUGGCCCUCCACCCGCAAGCUAGCCUGCUCAGCGUGGCGCGCAAACGCUACGCCCACCUGUUCGCCCGGGAAGGAGAGAUCUCGGUGGACAGCAACAUCCCCUGGGGCUCGGACUCCCUGGUCACCCUGGUCUACCUGGAAGGAAAGUACUUCCUGAAGACGUGCGACAGCCGCUUCCUCAGCAACGAUGGGAAGCUGGUCAAAGAGAACACCCCCACCACCAGCUUCACCCUGGAGCUCAAGUCGGGCAAGCUGGCCUUCAAGGACUGCGAUGGGAAGUACCUGACGCCCAUGGGCCCAACCGGCACGCUACGCUCAGGCAGGUGCUCCAAGCCUGGCAAGGAUGAGCUGUUUGAUCUAGAGGAGAGCCACCCACAAGUCAUUUUCCAGGCAGCCAACAAAAGAUUUGUCUCCGUCAAACAAGGUGUGAGCAUCUCAGCCAACCAGGAUGUGGAGACAGACAUGGAGACCUUCCAGAUGGAGAUUGAUAAGGAGAGCAAGAAGUGCAUGUUUAGGACCAACGGCGGUAACUACUGGACACUGGUCUCCCACGGAGGGAUCCAGUCCACAGCCACGGAGGUGGAGGCCAACACAAUGUUUGACAUUGAGUGGCUCGGCCGCAGUGUAGCACUGAAGGCAAGCAAUGGGAAGUACGUGUGCACCAAAAAGAAUGGGCAGCUUUCAGCCAUCAGCGAUUCCGUAGGUGAUGAUGAGCUCUUCCUGAUGAAGCUUAUUAAUCGGCCCAUGUUGAUCCUGCGAGGGGAGAAUGGUUUUGUGUGUCAUCACAAGAGCUCCAACACGCUGGAUGCCAACCGAUCCGUCUAUGACAUCUUCUCACUGCUCUUCAGCGAUGGCGCCUACCACAUAAAAAGCGUGGGUGGAAAGUUCUGGUAUGUCUCCUGCAGCGGCCUGGUGUGCUCAGACGGAGACAAGCCUGAGGACUUCUUCCUGGAGUUCCUGGAGCACGGGCGGGUGGGCAUCAAGGGCAAGAACGGCAAGUACCUGCGCGGGGACAGCGGCACGCUGAAAGGCGACGCUGCAACCGUGGACCCCUCCUGUCUCUGGGAGUACUAACCUGACGCGACCUCCGACGACCCCUGAAGCCCGUGGAGGGGUGGAGGGAGAAGGAGAGAGGGAGGACCUGGUUCCCACCUGGGUUCACAGCUUAACCAACAACGAUACAGUACACAGACUGACUCGGGAACAUUUUCACUACUCUCUUUUCUACUUUAGCUGCAAAGGAGAGGCCGCUCCCACUUCUUUGUUUUGGCAAAAAGUGAAAAUGUAUAGAAAGUUAUUUCUUUGUGUUUAUUUUAUUAUAUUUUAUUUGUUUUCCAAAAAAAGCAUUGGUUACCUAAAUGUAGUUUUUUUCCAAGUGACAUUGCCAACAUCAACAACAGCGAAUACUUAAUGAAAUCUAUUAAUUUUGGUCACUCACACAGCCUAUACAAAAAAACAUCUGAUAUUGUAUACCGGUACUUAAAUUAUUAUCUGGAUGCCUGAAUAAAGGCAGCUUUUCACGUCAAUAUGUCUUUGUUGUGAUGUUUACUGUUGUCUUUAACAACAGUGUAUCAGUACAAUGAUUGCCCAACACUGCUCCCAAACAUACUCACUGCUUCCAAAGAGGACAUGAAUCAGCUUCCAAAAUGCCCAAAUUAAUGGUGUAGAAUACCAGACCCAGAGUAGCCCAAAUGGCCCUGUUUGAGUAGCCCAAAUGGCCCUGUUUGAGUAGCCCAGAGUAGUCCAAAUGGCCCUGUUUGAGUAGCCCAGAGUAGUCCAAAUGGCCCUGUUCGAGUAGCCCAAAUGGCCCUGUUCGAGUAGCCCAGAGUAGCCCAAAUGGCCCUGUUGGAAUCAUCUUACAAUGCAAUACGAUCCUUCUUCCCUUCCUUGAAGUAAUCACUGAUUUGACAUGACUGAUGUAAGCAACCAUGCAUGUCAGAUCAGUGAUUACUUGGAGGAUGUAUUUAAAGAGUAGUCUAGCAGGGCCAAUGUCUGGUCCCGCUACAGAUUAUAUAGCUAAUUUGAAUUAAUUAUAACAAAGACAGGAAAACAUCAGUUGUCCACUAUGUGGGAGCAUUCAGUAGUAUCACAGUACUAGAAAGUUGUAAGAUAUCAACAUGAGGGAAAAGCAAGAGAUCAACAUUGUUUGCGAGGGGAGCGUACUAUAAGGGCCAUUUGAAAUGUUCUAAUCCCGUCAAAUUCAACUCUGGACCUCGAAGCCAGUUCCACUGCAUUUUUUUCAUUGUUCGCCUCUAAUCAGGGACUGAUUUAGACCUGGGACACCAGGUUUGUGCAAUGAAUUAUCAGGUAGAACAGAAAAGCAGCAGGCUCCGGACCUCGUAGGGUUAGAGUUGACUACACCUGUUCUAACCCUUUCUGACUCUAUGUGUGGGUAACUGUAUGGGCUGUACUCUAUCAUGUCAGUCUACAAGUCUGCAGUCACAAGACGAUAAAACUAGCGGGAAAAACUGUGUUUCAGGGAAUCCGUUUGACCAAGGCAAAGCACAAAAUCAUAAUUAUUUAGGAUGCUAUUUAGAUCAGUGAUUCUGGCAGACUGACUGCAAUGUUGUUAAACUCAAACACGCACGACAUUAUCAAGUGCUGCUCUGAUUUCCUGCCUUGGGACUUUAAAAAAAUAUUUCAUGGUGCACCCAUUGAGUUGCAAAGAGGGCCCACCCCCAUUUGCCGUUUUACCAUCUGUGACAGCAUGGAUAGCGCCACUGAGGGCUAUCUCCAUUUUAAAGUGGUCAAUUUCUUCUUCUACAAGUGUAUCGGUGGUGCGUAGACAAACUGAAAAGGUGCAUACCACCUACUAAAGUGCAGUGUGUGUCACGCCCUGACCAUAGAGAGCCCUUGGUUCUCUAUGGUGUAAUAUGCCAGGGUGUGACUAGGGGGUGAUCUAGUAUGUCUAUUUCUAUGUUGGUGCUAAUAUGGUUCCCAAUUAGAGGCAGCUGUUUAUCAUUGCCUCUGAGUGGGGAACAUAUUUAUGUACCUGUGUUUUGUGGGAUAUUGAUUGAUUGUUUUGUGUUUGUGCAUGUGCACCACGUAGUCAUGUUUCGGUGUUCGUUUAUUGAUUUAUUUGCUUUUGCUUAAAGUUUCACUUUGUAAUAAAUAUGUGGAACUCAACAUCCGCUGCGCCUUGGUCCGCUCAUUUCCAAGACCGUGACCGAAUAUCCCACCAAACCAGGACCAAGCAGCGUGUUCACCAGGUAAAGGAGUUUUGGACAUGGGAAGAAGUGAUGGGUGGAUGCGAAACCCUUCCUUGGCGGCAGAUGGAAGGUAAUAAUGGAGGACAGCGACGACGCCAGGGUUCACGGCCACAGAAAGUCCAAGGACAACCCCAAGAUUUUUUUCGGGGGGGGCACAAGGGGUGGCUGGUCGAGCCGAGGAGAGUGCCAGAGCCCGAAUGGCAAACUCUGGAGGAGCGUGUUGUCAGACCACGGCCACAGAAACCACAAGAUUUUUUGGGGGGGGGCACAUGGAGCUGAGCCGCGGGAAGAGCUAGAGACUGUCAGGGAGGCAAUGAAGAAGUUGGAAGAGAGAAAGAGAUGAGAGAGAUGUUGUGCAAGUGUGUUCUGCUCAACAUUCGACCAGAAGAUCCGGUUAGCAGUCUGGUGAAACCUGUGUCGGCUCCACGCAUCUGGCCUCCAGGGCGCCUCCCCAGUCCGGUACGUCCUGUGCCUGCUCCUCACACUCGCCCUGAAGUGCGUGUCCCCAGUCCGGUACGUC